CAUGUGUACAAAUUGGUUUUUCAGUUCAAACGGUCGAGGUCAAGGCCGAAGUCUGCACACGAGGAUGUCGGCCGUGUUCUUCCAUAAAGGCAUCUCUCGCCUGCACUCGGAGGAGCUGCUGCUUCAGGAGGGUGGGGACGGCAGCUUCCUCGUUAGGGACAGCGAAUCUGUGGUGGGGGCCUACGUCUUGUGUUUACUGUAUCAGAACAGGGUGCAUCAGUACAGGAUUUUACCUGACAAAGAUGGACGCAUUUCAGUGCAGUCUGAAGGUGACAUGCAGCCCCCCAGCUACAAUGACCUGCCCAGUCUGAUCAACUCCUACAUCAACAAGGGAGAGAAGAAUGGCCUGGUCUGUGCCCUCAAGAAACCCAUCUCACCUGAGGGGGCGGAAGUUCCGGAGGGAGAUUCAGAGGACGACGACUUUGACGACACAAAACACACCCCUGACACAGAUGAGAGGGGCGGAGCUUCCAGAACCUUCAAGUUUGGCGUGCUUAACAACUUUGCCAGGCUGGAUCUAUCUAGUUGCGAUGGGGAGUUUGUGGACGCCAUGAAGACAUACGUGGACGAGGGUUUGGAUAAAGACGCCAGGAACCUGGGCAUGGAGGGCGGCAGGUACCCAAUGCCUGAGUUCCAGAAACUUCUUGCCACCGCAGGGAAGGGAUUACAGAGGGAACUGGACGUGUUCCUACUGAAGUUGUCCAUGUGUCAGGACAUGUUGUUCCAAGAGGACGAUGACAAGAGGAGGACCAUGACAUCUAACCCAAAUGACAGGCUGGGGUCGUACAUUGAUUUUCUGGCUGGUAAAUUAGAGACAUGUCGCAGCCAGGUGUUGGCACUAGAGAAAAGGGCUCAAGAGGUGGUCAAGGACAGUUCAAAGGUCAAGGAGGAUGAAUACACAUGUCCAGAUGAGGCGACGCCGGGAACUCUGGGCCCACCUUCAACAUUCCUGCCCCUUGGGCUGCGUAGGAACAGCAGCAUCAGCAUUCCAUUGUCUACCUUUGAGGUGAAAGUUUUAAAAUACGGAAAAGCCAACUACAAGCUGAAGUUGACAGUUGACAUUCAUCAAGGCAGGUUUUUUGCUGUCAAGCCUUCCAAAGACCACCUGGACUCUAAUAAUAUGUUUCCACAUGACAAGAUUCUACAGCUGGUGAAGAACACAACAGACAACAGCCGCCUGCAUGUGAUAUUCAGCAACAAGAAGAAAUACACGUACCAGUUCCAGAGUGUCUUGGAGAGGGAGAGGUUCUGUCUGCAGAUCAGGCAGAUGAAGUCUCUACACUCCCAGGAACAGGAUGUGGACAACGUGUCCAUCUUCAUUGGGACUUGGAAUAUGGGUAAGUCCGCGCCUGUAGAGUCCCUCAAGUUCUGGCUCAAGUGUAACGGUGAGGGCAAAAGUAAAGACCGCACAUUGAGUCGGCUGCCACAUGACAUCUAUGUCAUCGGCACACAGGAGAGUGGCAUGACAGAGAAGGACUGGAUCAACACACUCAAGGCUGCCAUGAAAGCUGCUCUCAAUCUCGAUGUUGAUCUGCUUGAAUCCUGCUCCUUGUGGGGGCUUCGUACAUUGGUCUUCAUCAACCCAAAGCACAGAAAUAAGAUCAGCCACAUACAGAAAACAUCUGUCAGGACUGGGAUAGCUAAUGCACUGGGUAAUAAAGGUGCAGUGGCCAUAUCGUUUCUACUUAGUGGCACCUCAUUCUGCUUCAUCAACGCACACUUGGCUUCUGGUGAAGAGAGACUGGAGAGGAGGAACGCCAACUUCCGCGACAUCCUGAAAAACUUGAACAUGGGUCCAAAAAAUCUGGAGAAUUAUGACAUCACACACAAGUUCCACCACGUUUUUUUCUUUGGGGACUUGAACUACAGGGUGACUGAGCCAGUAGAGUUGGUGCUACAAAAACUAGACAAAAGGGAAAUCACUCCAGUGUUGGAGCAGGACCAGCUGAGGAGAUGCCAGUUUGAGAAAAAAGCUUUCUUUGGGUUCAAUGAGUCUGAGAUUUUGUUUAUGCCGACCUAUCGCCUUGAGAGACAGACCCCAGGCUACAAGUACGACUGGAAGAAAAUUAAAACCACUACGGAAAGGAUAAAUGUUCCAUCCUGGUGUGACCGGAUCCUGUGGCACUCGUUCCCUGGAACUUUCAUUGAAAACAUCGCAUAUGGUUCUGUAGACAACCUGCUGAACAGUGAUCACCGCCCAGUGUUUGGGUCCUUCACUGUCGGCAUCUCCUCCCCUUUCAUCCAGAACAGGGCGUCCCUACAAGACAACCUGAAUGUCAAGUUCAUCUUCAAAAAUAUUGAGGCUCAGAUCAAAACUAGCACAAAACAGUUCUAUUUCUUGGAGUUCUCAUCUGCAUGUUUACCAGAUAUAAUUUGCUGCGAGUCUAACAAAAGAUUUGGAGAAAGUCAAAAAUUAGGAUUUACAAACAACCCAGUGUGGACAGCAGAACAACUUCCUCAGCUGCGUCCUCUGUUUGGUGACGUGGAUUACCUGGAGGACCAGCACAUCCUGAUAGCUGUCAAAGGUGCAGGGGAGGACCACGAGUCUUACGGUGAGUGUGUGCUGUCCCUCAAGGACAUGUUCACUGGAGAGCCGUGCUAUUUCGAGGCAACUAUGACACACUAUGGGGAGGAGACUGGGAAGCUGAAAGGAGAAUGGUACAUAUCAUCUAAUGCAACAGGCGGUCUGGUGUCAAAAUCAAGCAGAAAAACUUAUGAAAUCGUUGCCUUGGAUACGGAGUACCAUGACCCUGAGGAGUUCCUGUCCCUGUCCCCGCCAGUUGACGCCUCUCACACCAACAUGUUCCCUCUCUCCGUGGCGUCCCAGGUCUCCCCCUCCGCCACCUUCCUCCUCCACCCAGCGGAGGACGACCCGCUGGCUGGCGUCCCUGCGCACUACGUCAACCACAACAUCAUCCGCCGCGCGCCCUCUGACCCUGUCCCUGACACACCUGACGAGAGCACUAACGACCCCCCACCCCUUCCAAACAAACGAAGCAAGACCCCUCACAUGGGUCAGUUCAGUCUCCAAAAACCUGCAGAUGCGUCACGCUCUGGUGAACAGAGCGCCGGCGACACAGCUUCCGGGAUAGAUUUCAAUAGCGCCAUCAUGCGACAAAAAUCUAACGGAACUGCUGUCACGCCUCUGUACCCUACACACUUGUUACCCAAGAAAGGGGAGGCGUCCCCGCCAGCUUCUGCAAGGCCAAAGGUCAAAUCUGUGAUGUACCCCCUACCUGGGUUCAAGAACUUGCCAAAAAAAACAGACUCGGAUUUGCCUCGGAACUCUCCGCUAGUCUGGCAGGCAAGGAUUGAUGGCGACGAGUUCUUUCCACCUGUGACCUCACCAAAGCCUAAAAUAGUUCCUUCGGCGCCCCCUCUUCCUGAGAGUGAGGACAUCUACCCCUCCAUCGCCAUCAGACCGUACGAGGAGCUGAAGAAACCAACGACUGUCCAGGACUGGCUGAAGGGUCUGGGACUGACAGAAUACACGGCCACGUUUCUCCGCAACGGCUGGGACUCCAUGGGGGCGCUUGUCCAGCUCAACGCUGCCAGCAUCAUGAAGAUGGGCAUCCGGGAUGGGGAGCACAGGCUUAGGAUAUUGAACAGUGUGCGAGAGUUGAAAGGUCAAUCUACGUGACUAGAGGUAACACAAGGUCAGUCGAUGUGACCUUGAAAGUUCAUGUCAUCCAGAAGUUGCGGAGUUCAUGUUGCCCAGCUGGCGUUUGUUGAGCGUAAUAAAAUAUCUUUUAUUCCAUAUUCCUAUCUGAUAAUCAUUGAAGUGAAUCACUACUAGCACAGUGAGACAAGUAUCACUGAUACAAGUGCUCAGUGAGACUGGUAUCCCAGCUACAAAAGUUACUACAGUAAAACCUGUCUGAACUUUGUUGAACCAGAAUCAUCUUUUACUUUAUUUUUUUCUGUGGAUUUAUUUUGACAAUGCUAAACACUCAAAUCAAAAGAGUUAUGUUUUUUUGGAAGUGAUCUCCCUUUAACUGAGCUCCAACAGACAGAUUUACUUUAAAUAAGAAGCUGUGUUGGAGAGUGUGGAUGUGACACUGUUUCAGUGCAUGGUGUGGUCCAGCUAACUGCACUGACCUCUCCCUCACUAGCAGCACCUGGAUACACUGAGUUCCAGCGUUGGCCUAAAGCAAUGUGUCCUGUGAAAUUAUGGGAGAAAAUGGCGGUCAAGAUAAAACACAUACUUGCCCAAAUCAUCAGUGUUGGUUUAUUUCCGACAGCCAUUAAGAUAACUUUGCUGUGAAUGUUUCUGAUAUGAUGAAGCUCAUGUCACAGGCUUCUUUUAUCAUGCUGUAUGGACUGACCACAUGAUAUGAAGUGACCAUAAUAUUCCAAAGUUUUCAAUCAAGCCUACCUUAAAGCUACAGUGUAGAUUUCUUAUGCUUGAUUAAAUUAUCACAGUUUAGGACACACUAUGUGCAGAACCUCUUGAUUCAAAUAGGACCAAGAUCUUCCAAAAUCUUCUGCCGAGAAUUAUGGGUGUACAUAUUUUUAAAAUUUAUUGGAAAUUGUUCAUUUGGAAAUUGUUCAUUUUAUUUGUAAAACUUUUUUUUAUAAAUAAUUUAGCGCUUAAAUUUAAAUCCUAGGUUUUUUAAGCAAUGACCUUGAACUGAAUUUUGAUAAAUUGACCUUUACCUUGCAAUGAGUGUGUUAACACCAUCACUGUUGUAGAUGCUGGUGUAUCUACAAAUUGUCUUCAUUUGAGCUUGUUUGUUUACUAUUCAAUAUUUUGAGCGCCAUAUUUUUUUAAACUGCAGCAGUAACUUGUGCCAGAUUUUUCUCCCAAAAAUACUUUACACUUUUUAUGCAUAAUUAAAUCAUUUGUUUGUUUUUUAACUUAAUGUAACAUGCAUAAUAAGCCAUUUCAAAAUCCGACAUGUUUUUAAUAUUGCUGGUGAAUUGUUUUUAAAAAAAUAAUGAAAAAGAAAAUUUUAGUUAAUCAGCGUGUACAGUAAGCUGCCCUGUGAUUUUUAAACCAAAAUUUCUGUUACACUGCAUCUGUUUUUAUUUUUAAAAUUUGCCAGAUUGUCCAAAAUUCAGCUGAUAAUGUUGCAAGCAAUAUCAUCCAUCUUAUCCACUUAAUUUCUUAACUUGCUUAUAUUCCUCAUACACAAUAUUUGCACAGAAUGACAGUUAAUAAGUUUGUGCCAAAGUUUGUACAUUUUCAAUCUCUUCAAAAUAUUUUUUGCCAAAUUUUUCUUUGUAUUAGCCAGUUUAAUUUUUUUUUAUAACUGUGAUAUAUUAAAAUUUGUUCAAUGUAAUUAGAAAUUAAUUUUUUUUUUUAUUUAUCAUUUUAAUAUUUAUUUCACUAUAAUUUUUUUUUAAAUACACUGCAAGCUUAACAAUUUAACAUACUUCAUGAAUGUUCAUGAGUUCAAAGAAAUGUUUCUGCAUCUUUGUUUUCUUGCUUGCCAUGGUCUCAUAUUCUACAAUCAGACUUUAUGUAGUCACUUAUUCCAUCUUUGCUUCUCAGGAAAAAUUAGGGAAAAAAUGUAACUUUUUUUUUCACUAUGCAUUCCACUAAAAAUGUAACGUAAGCAAAAAAAAUCUACUGACAACUGGCAAUCUACAAAUAAAUCAAUCUUUCACAUUACUUAAGGCUACUGGUGAAGUUUUUAGUUGCAAUAGCUCAUAUUUAUGGGAAUGUGGCUUUUCUUCCUUGUAUUU